AUGGCAAUCAAAUCAAUUAAGGCUUCACUCUCAUUGAUACAUUACUCUGCAGGUCGAUCAAUGGGUGCUCAAGUUGCUGCUGCUUUGGCGUGUGAACCAGAUAUGUCAGAUUUUAUUUCUGGGUGUAUUUUCUUGUCCUAUCCACUCUACUGUCCUUCCAAACCCUUAGCACUUCGAAAAGAACAUUUGUUACCUUUGGCUGUACCAUCACUAUUUCUAAGUGGAGACUCUGAUGAGAUGUGUGAUAAGAACGUACUCACAGAGGUAGCUGCUAAGAUGGCAACGCAGCCAGCUAUUUACUGGGUGGCCAGUGCCAAUCAUGGAAUGUCUGUGAAAGGUCGUAAAAGGAUUGACAUUGAAGAGGAAAUGUGUGGGUGUGUAGUGAAAUGGGUUACUAAGGAGUUUAGGAGAUUAUCCAAGAGGUCUGUUGAGGAAUCAAGGGAUCCUGUUGGUGCUGCACCAAGUGUGGAGAACUCACCAAUCAAACUUGCAUUCAAACGAGCGAGGAAAUGUAAGAAGCAUCCAAGGCAAAAGUCGAGUGAAGAGGCAAGCAAGAAGCAUAGAAACACGUGA